AUGGCUGGAAAUCAUGUAUUAUCCAUUAGUUCUCUGUGUAGUUUUUUUAAAGACAAUAUGAAACAGUUUAGAAGAGGUGAAAUAGCAUAUAAAGAUGGCCAUGUAUUAAAAUUCCAGGCAGAUUUAGAGCAAAAUAUUGUUGUAGGUGACGUCAAACCGAGUAUGAAGAGUGAUCCUUACAAGGUUAGGAUUUUAUUAAAUGACGGUAGUAUAUCUGAUACCCAUUGUUCUUGCCCACGCGGAGUUGCAAUUUGUCACCAUAUUGCAGCUUUGGCAUUGUAUAUCCAUUAUAACCUUAGUUCAACUGACAAAGCUUGCUCGUGGAGUGCUAGACCAGUUAAUGUGUCUAGUAAUGUAAAAAAUAUUAACGAUAUGUAUGGCACAUAUAAUAUUCAAAAUACAAGUAUUGCUGAGGUGGAUUUUGAAAACUUCAAAAAUACCAUCAACAAUUUAUCUGUUCCUGUAGGAUUUACAUGGUUGUUAAAGCCAGAACCAGAAAUAAAAGAGGCCAAAUUUGUACUUCCAACUAUAAAGAGCUUUGUCCAAGAUUGUAAACAAUUGGUAAAAAAAAAUGAUUAUGAGGCAAUAAAAUUGUAUUUACAAAGUAAACUGUAUAUACCCAAUAAUAUAGUAGAGCAAAUUGCUAAGGAAACCAUUGGGCAGAGUGAAAACCCAUUAUGGUUUGAAUAUAGAAAAAACCGAAUAACUGCAAGCAAAUUUGGUGUAGUUCUAGCAGCUUGUAAAAGGGGUAAAUUUUCAAAAUCCCUGUUUAAAUCACUAGAAAAUAAUGCUAAUAUAAAAGGUAUACAUGCUGUACAAUGGGGUAUUACAAAUGAAAUCGAAGGUAUUAAAGUUUUAGAAGAAAAUAAAAAUGUUAAAGUUGUUUCUACAGGUUUAUGGCUGAGUAAUAACGGUUUUCUGGGAGCUUCACCCGACGGAAUCGUAAAUUCUGAUUAUAUUGUUGAGGUGAAAUGCCCUUGGAAAUAUAGAAAUAAAAAUCUUGAAACUGAAAUAGAAAAAGACCAUAAUUACAUUGUAUAUAAAGAAAAUAAUAUAAUUUUAAUUAACAAAAAUCAUAUAUAUUGGGACCAAAUCCAAGGGCAAUUAUAUUUGACCAAGCGUAAAUGUUGUUACUUGGUAGUAUGGACACCUGGUCAGUCAAUUAUAAUAGAUAUUGAAAAAGAUGUGGAAUGGGAAGUAAACUUGGACAUUUUAGAGAGAUUUUUUAUCACCAAAUACAUACCAUCUCUCAUCCAGAUGUAG